CCUCCUCGUCCAUCUCCCCCCACGGGCUCGCCCCGGCCCCGAGGACAUUCAACCCAAACGGGGAAAUAAGCACAGGCGCCUCCGCGUCGCGGAACCCGGGGAUCGCGCGCAACACCGGCUGCGAGACGUCCCGUGUCGGUGGGGGGUGUUUGGACGCGGUGGUGGGGCGCGGGUAGCGGGUGGGGAAGAGGAGCGGGGCGAGGGUUGCGGCGAUGUGCGGGAGCGGGGGGGAGGUGAGGGGGAGGGUUGCCAGGCGGUGAAUGUGGCCGAUGACACCUUUUGCGUACAGGUACCGUGGGCGAUCGAGGGUGUCGAGGAGGUGUUUGAAAUCGGUGAUGAGCGUCUCGGUGGGUCGUAACCCAUCCCCAAUCGCGCCAACGAUCCGCCUCCCCACCGCGCCGCCCACAAGCCCACACGCCUCGAGUCCCUCGCUCUGCAAAUACGUCUGCAGCGUGCGACACAUCCGCGCCACCUCGGCGGGUUCGAAUACGAGAUCGGGCGCCCAUUUGCCCGACCACCCUGCCCGCGCGAGCCCGAUGGCGUCGACGGAGCGGAGGUGGUGCUGGGUAAGGAUGUCGGUGUGGGUUGUGUGCGCCGAGGCGAGGGUUGUGAAGUCUUGGAGGAACUCGGUCCGUAGUUUAUGCGCCGGGUUGUGCGUCACUUCCCCCUGCUCCUUCUCCUCCCCUUCAUCCCCAUCAAAAAACGUCAUCUUCCUCGCCCUCGGCGGUCUCGACAGCCUCAGUUCCGGGCGUAGCGGGGGGUUGUACAGCAGUACGGGGGAGAUGGGGUCGUCUUUUGCGGCGGGGGAGGGGGACGGGUGGAUGCUUUGGCGGUGGCGGGAGGGGGGGCGUUGGUCUGUGUCGGGAGCGAACCGGACUUUAUGCUCGCCCUCGGGUUCUGCGGGCGCGUCGGGGGUGGGGUCGGUUCGGCGGUGUGUUUCGUCGUCGUCGUCCCAUUUCGCGGAUUUCUUUUUGAGGAGGGGUGGCGGGGCGACCGCUUUCGCUUUCGCCUUCAUGCGCAGAUACUCCUCCCUAGCAACCGGAUCCAUGCCGCCGGGGUGCCAUAUGGGCUUCUCGCCCUUCUCGCCCUUCUCGUUCUGGAAUUUCACGCUCAUCGCGCGCUGUCGUUUCUUCACCGGCGGUGCCGCGUUGCUCUGUUCCGGCAGUACCGGCGGUGGGAUCUCCGUCGCCGUCUCGGGAUUCUGCUCACUCUUCUUCUUGGGCAUGACGCGGUGGAGGGUUGACGGGCCGGUGAUGACAGGGAGGAGGGUGAAGGAGAAUUGUUGUUGGAAGGUGGCGGUGGCGGGUGUGCGCUGCACGACGCCCGCGCGGCGGCGGUCGGGGUCCAGGCUGGGGGUGGUAGCGUCUUUAGGGCCGGGGGGGAGGCGGAUUUUGAGGAUCUUCGGUGUCGCUGUGGGUGGUGCUGUUGGGUCGUCGGUUGGCGUGUCGGCCGUGAUGGACUGGGAUCCGUCGGUGGAGGAGGGCGAGGUUGAUUUGGUAUCCGUGGUAUCGAGCUCCCGGUCGAUGCUUCUCCCUCGUGCCCCGCGAUCGAUAUUCCCCGGCUUGGAAGCCGCCGGAUUCGUAAAGUUGCUCGUACUCCUCGAUCGACGAAACCCGCCCGUCGGCCGUUUCCCGCCCGGCUCACUAGCGCUAUUCGGAGAGACAGUCGGACCCUCCCACGGCACCAUCGUCGCGGCGCCAAACGUCACCGCUGGCAUAUUCAGAUUCGCCGAGCUCCGUGACCGUGACCUUUGCGUGGAGGUUGCGCGGGGUGGCGGGGCGGUGACUUUGUCGGCUGAGCGAUGGGUGUGCGGGCGGGUGUAGGUGUCGGUGUCGGCGCCAUCGAUGGAGGUUGUCGCACCGCGGGGAGUGUAUUGGGAGGGGUCGGGUUUGAGGGUGUUGCUGGCGUAGGCGGCCAUACCGGUGCCGAAAGAUUUGGAGCGGGAUAUUUUGCGUCGGCCGGUGUGGGUGAAGGGUGGGGUUUUGUCCGGCCCUGCGGGGAGGUCGGUUGCGAAGCUGACUGUUGAUGCCAUGGUGGGAUGAUCCUUCACACAAUGGCUGAUGUCAGUCGGCGUUCGUUGAGUUUUUGGGGUGCGAGGUGCCUAGAAACAGCGG